AUGGCAGUGUGCACUUCUUCCACACACUUAAGCUCAACUUCAUUCCACUUCAGAAACCCUAGAACUCGCCUUUCUCUUCGGCAUGUCUACUUCAAUUUCUCAUCCUCUUCAGAUGAAUCUCCGAAACCCUCGUUUCGCAUUUCAGCCGAUUCUGCCCCCUCAUCACCAAAAGCACGAUUCGUCGCAAGACGAAGAGAGUCCGUGCGGGUUCCAGUUGGCAAACGCCCUCUACUUGAAUAUAUGAGCCUUCCAGCGAGUCAGUACUCUGUGUUGGACGCCGAAAGGAUCGAGAGGGUUGAUGACAGUACAUUCAGGUGUUAUGUGUAUAAGUUGAAGUUCUUUGCUUUUGAGGUGUGCCCGGUUUUGUUGGUUAGAGUUGAAGAGCAGCCUAAUGGUUGUUGUAUUAAGCUCUUGUCUUGCAAGCUUGAGGGAUCGCCAAUAGUUGUUGCACAGAAUGAUAAGUUUGAUGCCAAUGGUUAUUUGCCACAUGACACAUUGUGUAAUAAAGGGAUAUUGCUGCAACUUCUCAUAAACCGGAGGACAUUUGCGUUGCUUCUAGUGAUGCUAAACAGUGGACAGCAGCUGGAUAUUGCUGCAACUUCUCAUAAACCGGAGGACAUUUGCGUUGCUUCUAGUGAUGCUAAACAGUGGACAGCAGCUGUCGAAUUCGACGGAAACAAUUACUACAGGAGUUUUUUUGCUGGACCAAUAAUUGCUUUUAUGGUGAAUAGAAUAUCAUGUGAUAGCAAACAGAGCACCUCACCAGUCCAGCAACUUAGUUCAGAUGCAGUUAUUGAGGUUAACAUUGAGAUUCCUUUUGCAUUUCGAGCAAUUCCAGUGCAAGCAAUUGAAUCAACUGGCACCCAAGUCCUAGAACAAACAUUAAAAUUCAUGCUCCCACGCUUUAUGUCACAGGAAAACACAUGGUUUUCCCAUUUCCCAACAAUGAAAAGUAAGGAAGGCCUUCUUGUGAGACUGUGUUCUGUUGCGUUUUGUAUUUCCCCUCUUAACCAGUUGGAAAUUGUUGACGAAAAUGAUUUUUAUUUUCAACAUGUCAAACUAGCCUUUGUAUCAUUGCAUUUUGAAAAGAAAAUGAAACUUAAUUCUCAAGCCAAACUGGCUUCCAUCAGCUGUGAGAAUGACGGACUGAAGAAAGUUAUUUUGCAAGAAGGUAAUGCUGCAAAGUUAUGCAGAAAACUGCCUGGUAGAAAGAUUUGUCUUUUGGAGGAAGAAUCAAUCAGGGGAUUGUGCAAAGAAACUCCAAGGAAACAAAAAAUUGAUGAGGCUGGAUUUCCAUUCGGUUCUUCAGUUGACAGAGAUAAAGUCAAAAGGUUUACCCACGAGCUAGUAAAGGACUAUCAAGCAUGGGCUUCAGGUGACACCUCAAGGCAGCCUCUUGGAACUGGUGGCAUUUGAGAUAGUUUCUUUGAUUACAUGAUAAAGAGAAAGAUUGCUACUAGGUGUGUCAUUGUUAUCAUUCCCCAGCUUGAUCAAUUCCAGGUAGAGAUUAGCAGAUUUUAUGCUAGAAAAGAUUCUUCCGUAUUGUAUUUUAUUCCAGUUAAGUGUGCAUUUCUUAGAUUAUGCAAGUCUGGUUCAUUAAAUUUCAUUUACCAAUGUAAUUUUUGUGUCAACAGAAAAACUAUGCAGUGAAUCCCUGGAUCUUGUUAAAUCACCAUAACUAUUUGUUCUUUGAGAAUCCAAUCUCUUUUAGUGAAAAAAGAUGCUAGAAAAUUAAAGAUUAGAUGAAUGGGGAAUUUGUACUCAUGCUUU